CGUGUCCGAGUUUUCUCGCUCCAGUCGAUCGCGAUGUGGUCCAGACGACUCGCAAACAAUUCGUCCUGUUUUUGCCAAAAUAGCGUCGACUUAGGACAAUUUAGACCAACAGUCAUUCGUGCUUAUCUUAUUAUUUAAAUUAUAUACGGAUGAUAGUGCGUAAUAAAAAAUUGUUAAAUUGUCGAGUCUUCUGAAAAAAAAAGAACCAAUGUAAUUUACAUAUCUGAUGUUUGUAAUGACAUUUAUACGCGAGAAAGAAAGAAUAUGAAAAUUGUUGUCAUCAAUUUUGAUCAUCUUAUUGAGGGAUGAUGUAUUCCGUUACUAUCGAGUGUCCCCUUAUUGUAUCAUUCAUCCUGUAUCGUUCGAAAUAAGAAUCGAUCAUGGACAAGUUACACGAGUAUGAGGGAUUCGCGGGUAGAAUUCACGGUGUCCGCGAAACCAUCAAAGAACGAUGGGGCGCGUGGAAGGAAUGGAAAAACGGUUUGAAUUUGGAUCAAGGUCUGGAUGGACUGAGGCAUCAUCUGCGGGGGCCCCCUAAGCUGGAACGCACGUUGGAAGACUAUUCUCAUAUUUACAGGAGGAAAACCCGUGCCGAAUUGAUUCGAAUUUCGACGGCCGUGAUGGGGAUCGAGUUUUCGUACGCGGCGGAAACUGCCUUCGUUUCGCCAACGCUAUUGAAGAUCGGUGUCGAUCAUCAGCGUAUGACGCUGGUGUGGGCAUUGAGUCCUCUUGUGGGCUUCUUCGUGACGCCUAUCCUCGGCAGUAUAAGCGACCGUUGUAAAUUCAAGCAUGGCAGGAGACGACCCUUCAUUCUUCUCCUGGCCCUCGGAGUUUUCAUAGGCCUGAUUCUGGUGCCGAACGGCGAACACAUUGGCUACGUAUUCGGCGACACACCAUCUCAUACAAACGAGACGAUUCCCCUUGGACAUCGCACAACGGCAAAGCUGGCCGAGGAGGCCUCUGAAUCCAUUGAAAGGGCUUCCUCGCACUCCUGGGGUAUCCUCUUCACGAUUCUCGGCACGGUGCUACUCGACUUUGACGCUGAUGCUUGUCAAAGUCCCGCGAGAGCUUAUCUCCUCGAUGUCACUAUACCCGAGGAUCAUGCUAAAGGCUUAAGCACAUUCACCAUAAUGGCGGGCUUGGGAGGCUUCAUGGGCUACGGUUUGGGCGGCAUCAAUUGGGACGCCACUUCGCUCGGUGUUAUGCUGGGUGGACAUGUGCAGGUGACCUUCACUUUGAUCACGAUUAUCUUCGUCGUUUGUGUCAUAUGCACAAUCACCAGCUUUAAGGAGAUUCCACUCGAGAUACUCGAGAGAGAUCAGUACAGGCAGACGGAAGAGUCGAAGACAUCGGGAGAAAUCCACCGGACGGAGAAUAAGCAAGACGAACGCGAGAAGAUCAUCCACGAGUCGAAGACAUACGGUGCCCUCGAUGUUGAAUGCGAGACAGAACCUCCGAAGACGGAAGAAUUUGCCCCCGACCCGCAACUCUUCGAUCAUUCUGAAGAGCCAGUUUUCAAAGGUAGUCACGUCAACUAUGGCUUCGAGAAUGAAACAAAUCCUAGAGCAACCCUAAAGGAGUAUCUUUUGUCAAUCGUCUAUAUGCCACAUAGUCUUCGUCAGGUAUGUUUGACGAAUCUCUUCUGUUGGAUGGCACACGUAUGUUACUCCCUAUACUUCACGGAUUUUGUGGGCGAAGCAGUGUAUGGCGGAAAUCCGCGGGCACCCGCGGAUACCGACGAACGGGAGCUCUACGAGGAAGGAGUGCGAUUUGGAUGCUGGGGAAUGUCUAUGUAUUCGUUGUCUUGUUCGUGCUACUCGCUUAUCAUUGAGCGGCUGAUUGAGCGUUUUCGUGCGCGUAAGGUUUACAUCUACGGGCUACUUUUCUAUAGCGUCGGCAUGCUUCUGAUGGCCUUGACUAAACACCAGGUUGGCGUCAUCGUUUUCUCAUGGACUGCCGGCGUCAUGUACUCUACAUUGUUUACUAUGCCGUAUCUACUGGUAGCACACUAUCAUACGUCCUCGACCUUCGCCCUUACGAGUGACGAGGGGGAUGCGGUGUCUGGCGGUUUUGUACGUGGACUGGGAACCGACAUUGCCAUCGUCUCUUCUAUGGUGUUCCUAGCGCAAUUCUUGUUGUCUUGUUGCCUUGGUACAAUCGUCAGCCUCACAGGUUCCACUGCGGCGGUAGUAUAUGUGGCCAGUAUUCUGGCGAUGUGCGGCGCAGCUUGUGCUGCGCGGAUCAUGUACCUUGACUUAUGAAUCUUGGUUCGUCGACCGAUCAAGAUUUUGGACGUUAAGAUAGUUUAAUCGUUUCAUCUUGCCAAUUAUAUUUUAAUAAACUGUUAAUUAUCAUUAUAUGAAACAGCCAAGUGUUUCAAAUAUUACACACUAUUGUAUUAUAUAUUUUAAUUAUCUAAAUAUUCCCUUCAAACUGGUGUAUAACUUGAUUAAUUAUUAGCGGACGGAAUUAAAAGGACGGAUGUG